AUGUUCUUCUCCUUCUUCCUGUCGCGCACGGGCUCCUUCAGGGCCUUGAUGACCAGGGAGGCGGCGGACGGGAUGACGGACACCUUAGCCUGCCGGUUCUGCACAGUCAGCUUGACGGUCACACGCAAGCCCUUCCAUUCCUUGGCUGACCCCACCCACCCCCGCACCUUCUUGGGGGACAGGCCCAGGGGUCCAAUCUUCGGGGCCAGGGACGAGGCCGCACCGACUUCGCCGCCGGUUGCCCGGACGUAG